UGCAACACACGAGGCUCACGAGGACAUGCGCAAAGAGCUGCGAAUGAUGAUGAAGAUCACGGCGUUCCAUCCCAACGUGGUGUCACUGCUGGGGUAUUGCAGCAACUCAGAAUCCCUGAUGUUGAUACUGGAGUACGUCCGUCACGGUAAUCUGCUGACGGUUUUGCGGAACGACCGAGUGGCCCGUGACGUCACCUACAAAAAUCUGCACCAUGAGAGCAAGACGCUGCAGAAUAAAGACCUCAUCUCGUUUGCGUGGCAGGUGGCUAAGGGCAUGGCGUUCCUGGCAUCCAAACAGUGUAUCCACAGAGAUCUGGCGGCGAGAAACGUGCUGGUUGGAGAAAACAGGACGUGCAAAAUCUCUGACUUCGGGCUGGCCAGGGAUGGUCCCGAGUAUAGGAAACUGACCCAGUCCCGUCUGCCCCUCCGAUGGAUGGCCCCAGAGACCCUCUAUGACCGAGUGUACAGUACCAGGAGUGAUGUAUGGUCAUUCGGAAUAUUACUGUAUGAGAUUUCAACUUUGGGGUCCAUCCCGUACCCAACCAUAUCCAACAAAGAGGUAGCCGCUGCUGUACAGUCUGGAUAUGUGAUGCCCAAACCAGCUCACUGCACUGACCAACUGUACUUCCUAAUGGAGAAGUGUUGGGAUUUUCACCCUGAUGGCCGACCGUUUUUCUCGGAACUUUCCUCUGCUCUCUACAGGAUGCUGAGGGACGAGCAAGAACACAUCGUUCUCACACUGUUCGAAGAACAUGUCUAUGCAAACAUGGACCAUCUGACGGAUGGAGAGACUUGUUAAGGCGGUAAUUCAUACAGGAAAAUAAGCAGAAGUUUC